CUCUUUGAUCUCACACAUCUGGAGAUCACAGAAGGUUUGGAAAUCUUUGUGACACUCGUCUGUCUCUGAGCCGGUCAUGUCCUUCAUCCCUGUCCCCGCCGACUGCGACUUCCCCGUCCACAACUUACCGUACGGAGUCUUCUCCACCCAGGAUGAGCCGCGGCAUCGGAUAGGCGUGGCCAUUGGGGACCAAAUCCUGGAUCUGAGCGUCAUCGCACAUCUCUUCAAUGGGCCGUUCCUGUCGGCACACCGGGCCGUGUUUAAUGAGCCGACUCUGAAUAGUUUUAUGGCCCUCGGGCACAACGCAUGGAAGGAAGCCCGGCAAGUUCUUCAAAAGCUUCUGGCAGCGUCAGAAGCGACGCUCAGGGACAACAAGGACCUGCGUGCCAGGGCGUUUGUUUCACAAUCCAAGGCCAAACUCCACCUUCCGGCAAAUAUCGGAGAUUACACGGACUUCUAUUCCUCCAAGGAUCACGCUACUAAUGUCGGGAUAAUGUUCAGAGGGAAGGAGAACGCUCUGAUGCCAAACUGGCUGCACCUUCCAGUUGGCUACCAUGGACGGGCGUCUUCCGUCCUGAUAUCCGGGACACCAAUUCGUAGGCCAAGGGGGCAGAUUAGGCCAAGUGAUGACAAACCUCCGAUAUUUGAGGCCAGCAAACUCCUGGAUAUCGAGCUGGAGAUGGCUUUCUUUGUUGGCCCCGGGAACAAUUUAGGAGAACCAAUUCCCAUAGAGAGAGCCGAUGAGCAUAUCUUUGGCAUGGUGCUGAUGAACGAUUGGAGUGCGAGAGACAUCCAGAAAUGGGAAUAUGUUCCACUUGGACCUUUCUUGAGUAAGAACUUCGCCACGACAAUAUCUCCCUGGGUGGUGCCGAUGGAGGCUCUGAUGCCGUUUGUGCUUCCCAAUCCAAUCCAGGAUCCCGCGCCUCUCCCGUAUCUCCAGGAUAAGAGCGAUUACACGUUCAAUAUUAACUUGUCUGUCAGCCUUCAAGGGAAUGGCAUGGAGGAGCCGGCAGCUCUCUGCAGAUCUAACUUCAAGUACAUGUACUGGACUAUGAAGCAGCAGCUGGCCCAUCACACAAUAACCGGCUGUAACGCUCGUCCCGGAGAUCUGUUGGCAUCAGGAACCAUAAGUGGACCGGACCCUUCAAGCUUCGGCUCAAUGCUGGAACUGUCAUGGAGAGGAUCUAAGCCGAUCGAUCUUGGAAAUGGUCACACUCGGACAUUCUUGCGGGACGGAGACACCGUUAUUAUAACAGGUUACUGCCAAGGAGAAGGAUAUCGGGUUGGAUUUGGCGCAUGCUCAGGAACAAUUCAUCCAGCUGUAUAAAUGUUGUUGUUUUUCUAGAUUCUACCAAAUGAUAUAAAUGAAAAUGCAGAAACAUCUCUUAAGUUAAAGUAACCCGUGUCAUAAUAAUGCAGAGCGCGCCUAUUUCCUAAACCCCAAGCCCUGGAUAAAAGAUUCCAAUAUGUUUCUUUCCUAUGAUCUACAACUCCAUCUAGUGGCCAUUAGACACCUGCAUGGCCACAUUUUUUUUUAUUUUUUUCGUUUUAUUCUGUCUUUUUUUUUAUACAUUUUUCGCAUCAUUCGUUAUGAUCAAAAUUUGUUAUUUUAAAUCAAUUCGGAAAAAUUUGAAUUUGGUACGUUCCAUUCGUAUAGAUGGGGUAUUCAUUAUUUCAAUAAUUUGGAUAAAUUAUUUUUCAUUACAUUCACUAACAGGCAGCCAAAUUUAAAAGGAGAUUCAAAUACCUAUAAU